AUGGUCCUCAAGCUCGCAGGAGACUGCCAUCCUAUCUCUGCCCAAUCCACUACCCCUCGAAACUUUGGAGCCCCCCAGCGACAGCAGCAGGAGCAGCAACCACCACCUCAACCACAGUCACCAGCAGCAGCCUUUUCUCAGACUCUUGCCCACUCGACAAGCACCAUGGGCGUCUCUCUCUCGAUCUUGGCCAGCGAGACCUGCUGGGCCCUCAAGAGGUUUUUCCUCUUGUUGCGCUUCCGCAGGCGCCUCCGCAAGAUCUUCUGCCGACCACCCAAGCAUGGGAGCACGUCGACCUUCGACUGCUCCUUCUCAGAGAUUCCUGUCGAACUCUGGGAAGGUGACUCCGGCCCUAUCUCCCCCUUCUCCUCUCCUCCCACCUCUCCCGCCUCGACCCUCCCCCGGGUCGUUCCUCGUCCUCGCCGCCUUUCCGAGCGUUGGACAACUUACUAG